CCCAGCAUGGGGAUUGGCUCCUCUUUUCAGGGCUGGACAGCUGUCACGUCUGAUUGGCUGCUGGGUACACCAGCCAGGGUCCACUAGCCCUGGGCUACCGGGAGGCUGUGUGUCCAGUGAACGCUUCAGCACCUGCAGGGCGGCAGGGCCAAGGAGCAGCAGCCGUCCUCGACCAGCUGGGGGUUUGCUCCAGGCCCACUUGGCUCGUCCUAAGCAGCUCACUCCUCUCCUUGCCCUGCCCACCAGGACCCCAGAGUCCCAGGCAAGAGGUGCAGCCCACGUUGCCAAGAUGUCGAAGGUAGCCAAGUAUCGCCGGCAGGUGAGCGAAGACCCUGACAUCGACAGCCUGCUGUCCACGCUGUCCCCCGAGGAGAUGGAGGAGCUGGAGAAGGAGCUGGACGUGGUGGACCCUGACGGGAGCAUUCCCGUCGGGCUGCGGCAGAGAGACCAGACGGACAAGCAGUCCACGGGCGUGUACAACCGGGAGGCCAUGCUCAACUUCUGUGAAAAGGAGACCAAGAAGCUCAUUCAGAGGGAGAUGUCCGUGGAUGAAAGCAAGAAAGUGGAGAGCAACGCAGAUGCCAAGAACGGAGAGGAAAGGGGCAGAGAUGCCGGCACAAAAGCCUUGGGCCCCCGGAAGGACCCGGAUCUGGGCAAGGAGCCAAGGAAGGGAGUUUUGAAGAAAAGCGUCUCCAGAGACAAAGGGGACGCAGACGGCCCAGGUGGGGAGAAGCCCAAGGAGGAGAAGCUCAUCAGGGGCCUGGACAAGGGCCGGGUCAGGGCCGCCGUGGACAAGAAGGAGGGCACGGGGGAGCCCAGGGCGGCGGCCUCGCGGAAGGAGGCGGGCGACAGGCACCUGGGCGUGAGCAGGGACAAGGACAAGAAGAGAGAGGAGGCCAAGGAGGCGGCCAAGAAGGAGGAGGAAGAGAAGGGCAAAGGGCCGAGCAGGAGCCCGGACCCCAGGAAAGAGGGUGAGAAGCCGAAACCCAGGAAAGAGGAUGAGAAGCCGACAAGACCCAGCGGGGGUGCGGGCGGGGAGAAGGAGGGCGAGGAGGCGAGGAGGGCGCCUGGGAAGACAGAUACCAAGAAGCGGGGGGAGGAAGGCCAGACAGAAGCGUCCCCCGCCAGAAAGGAGGCCAAGGACGAGAGCAAGACCAAAGCACCUGAGAAGCAGGCCCCCACGGCGCCCCCCAAGGCCGCUGAGGCGCCGGCCAAGGCCGAGGAGGAGGCGGCUCCCAGCAUAUUCGAUGAGCCGCUGGAGAGGGUGAAGAACAACGACCCGGAGAUGACCGAGGUGAACGUCAACAACUCGGACUGCAUCACCAACGAGAUCCUGGUGCGCUUCACCGAGGCCCUGGAGUUCAACACCGUGGUCAAGGUGUUCGCCUUGGCCAACACGCGCGCCGACGACCACGUGGCCUUCGCCAUCGCCAUCAUGCUCAAGGCCAACAAGACCAUCACCAGCCUCAACCUGGACUCCAACCACAUCACGGGCAAGGGCAUCCUGGCCAUCUUCCGGGCGCUGCUGCAGAACAGCACGCUGACCGAGCUGCGCUUCCACAACCAGCGCCACAUCUGCGGCGGCAAGACCGAGAUGGAGAUCGCCAAGCUGCUCAAGGAGAACACCACGCUGCUCAAGCUGGGCUACCACUUCGAGCUGGCCGGGCCCCGCAUGACCGUCACCAACCUGCUCAGCCGCAACAUGGACAAGCAGCGGCAGAAGCGGCUGCAGGAGCAGAGGCAGGCGCAGGAGGCCAGCGGAGAGAAGAGGGAGCUGCUGGAGGUGCCCAAGGCUGGGGCCCUGGCCAAGGGCUCCCCCAGACCUUCGCCCCAGCCCUCCCCCAAGCCCUCCCCCAAGAACUCGCCCAAGAAAGGGGGGGCUCCGGCCGCGCCCCCGCCCCCGCCCCCUCCCUUGGCUCCGCCCCUGAUCAUGGAGAACCUGAAGAACUCCCUCUCGCCCGCCACGCAGAGGAAGAUGGGGGACAAGGUGCUCCCGGCCCAGGAGAAGAACUCGCGCGACCAGCUGCUGGCCGCCAUCCGCUCCAGCAACCUCAAGCAGCUCAAGAAGGUGGAAGUGCCCAAGCUGCUGCAGUAGGACCAGGCAGCCGGGCACCGUCUGCCCGCGCCACGACCGCCCGGGCCUCACCUCCCAGGGCCACACGGCCCCCACCCACCCACCCCGGCCCCGCUGCUGCCGCCAUGCGGGAGCUCGAGGCCUGGGCCACGCUCCAGGAAGGAUGCCCUGUCUCUCCCCACUUUCCUGUUCUUAUCUCUGAGGCUCUCCGAAACCGCUUGUGUACCUGGAGCUGAGGGUUCCAGGCAAGAAGAGCCCUUGUAGCUCAUCGCUGAGAAGACGGCACCACCCGGGGCCCGCACGGCUGGCAGCCACAAGAGGCCCAGGAGCCACGAGAGGAAAGCUGUGUCCACGGCCACGCCCACCCCAGCCCCGCCGCCCUCCAGGGCCAGGAUUCAGACCUCUGAGGAGCCCUCGGACAAAGCUGUUGGGCAGUGGCAGGUCUGAGAGGGUGGGGGGCCCACAGGAGAGCAGGAGGGGCUGAGGAGCCCCCCAGCCUCCCUCUGGUUAGCCCUGGCGGGGACAGCCUGCCUGGUGGGGAGCGGGUUCCAGCGGGAGGGGAGGGGCAGGCAGCAGCCGGACCAGAAGGUUCGAUGCCAAAGCCGAUGUUUGCCGCACACCCACUGCUGUUGUAUAAAUAGCUGUGUAUCUGUUUCCAUAAGAUUUUGAUAAUAUAUACAAGCCGUUAGCCGUGA